GACCAGAGACUAUACGAAAUUUUUCUGCACAUAAUUACUAGGUUUAUUGUUAUGCAUUCCUAUAACCGGCUGAAUUAGGAGAUUGACUAUACAACCGUACGUCUGGACCUUUGUAAAAAAAUAUUGAGAUACGCCAUCACGUAAAUUCAAAAUCAUUUGUUUGGCAUUGCCUUUAGUCUUGAUUUAAAAUCCUAUAAAUCAGUAUAUAGUUUUGACAAGGAAUUAAUUAAAAUGAAACAUCUCUCAAUUUGCAUUUAUAACACCGUUGAUUUCCUUGUAUCACUUAAGAAAUAGUAAUGAGCAUUCAAGAUCAGCAUAUUUUAUCACUAGCAUAAUCAAGUGUUAAGUUCUACCAAAUCUUUUAUUAACAAGACUUCCCUACGCCUAUUACUCAUCUUGAUGGAUCAUAGGUCACCCACCAGCAUUCUCCAUCCUGGGCAAUCCGGUUGUUUACAGUUCUUAUUCAUCAUUUUCGUGUCUGCUUACAAUUCAUGACGCAGCAUGUUCCUUGGUCUCCCUCUUUUCAUUUCCUAUUCAGGAUUUCAAGUUAGCACUUGACCCGCGACACAGUUUUUCGAUUUGCGUAAUGCACAAUCUAUCCACCUCCAGCGUCUCUUCCUAAUUUCUUCCUCAUCUGCAACCUGGUUCGUUCUCUCCCAUAGUGGGCUGUUGUUAAUAUUAUCUAAGCAGCAGAGACUGAGUAUCUUGCGUAGACAGCUAUUUAUAAAUACUUGUACAUUUUUGAUGAUGCUUGUAAUAGUUAUCCAAGUUCCAGCUCCGUACAGUAUAACUGUCUUGAUAUUUGUAUUGAAGAUUGUGACUUUGAUAUUGGCUGACAGUUGCUCUGAGUUCCACAUGCUUUUGAAUUGUGAGAAUUCUGUCGUUGUUUUGACAAUCCUUGCCUCUAUGUCUGCAUCAGAUCCUCCACGUUCAUCGAUGAUGAAACCCAGAUACGUGAAUCUUUCCACUUCUUCUAGAAAUCCUCCAUCAGUUUCCAAGCGUCUAACUAAACAUGUAAACCAAUAUAAUAUUGAAGAAAGCCACUAAUAAUAAUAAUAUUGAAUUAUAAGUUUUUGUUGUACGACUAUCUUAUCAAAACGUGUGUAUUUCACUUCAAUUCCGGAUAAAAUAAAGUUAUCAGAA